AGGACUAAGAAAAUAUAGCUGUAAGAACAAGCAGUCUUUUAUGUCCUGGAUUUACACGAAAUCGUAUAAAAGCGACGACUGUGCCAGCAAUCGACAUCAGUUGCAUUCGAGCAUCACAGCAAGCAAGCUAAAAGCAAACGUCUCACUGCCAAAAGCACAAAAAGCUCCUAAGCAACCACCACUACAUCUACUAUCACAUAUAAAAUGCGUUCAUUCUGUACCGUAUGUUUCGUAGCCUUGAUCUUGGCCGUCUGCAUGUGCAGCUUCGGCGAGGCGGCCUACAGGAAGCCACCAUUCAAUGGCAGCAUCUUUGGCAAGCGCAACUCUUUGGAAUAUGAUAAUGCCAAAGCUGUGACUGCAAUGUGCGAAAUUGCAUUGGAAGCGUGUCAAUCAUGGUUUCCUCAAGGCGAAAGCAAAUAAGCCAACUCCAGGGUGCGGACCGAAAGCUAUAAAUAGAGCGCCGGAAAACUAACGAUAUUCUAUAUUUAUAUCUAAAAUUAAGUACAGUUAUUAUAAACGUGGCUUUAAUAUAUUUAUACGCAUAUGUGUACAUAAAAAUUAAAUAAUUUACAUACAUACAUAUAUAUAAGUAUAUAUACAUAUAUCAGUAAUAAUGUUAUAAAAAUUAUUUAUUCAAUAAAGCAAAUGCUCAGUAAAGCAGAA